AGUCGGUAAGGUAGAUCCUAGCCUUUACCGGCCGCUCUCGGUCCGCUCAUCCGACAGCACUCAUUCUUUCCUCGGCGGAGAGAUCCGUGCACAUGGUUUUUCGAAUUGCGAUUGCGAAUCGUUGACAGGCGGGAUGAGGGAGAGAAACGGAGAACGAACAACGGACUAAUCUUGUCGACGACACCGAGUCGACUCGCUUCUCCGUGUUGGAUUUGAGCGAAUAUUUGUUGUUCAUUUAUGACUGCACGUCUCAUGCGCCGCACGCGUCCCAUCGCUCGAUCGCACAGGUGACGUCGGAAAAAAAGUCUGUCUCCACGCGCUCCGCGGACGCGGGGUCAAUCCGCGGGGCACGCGUCUCACGACGUCUCAACGCGGAACGUUAUGACGAUGGACGUUGCACGUUGUUGCUCCUCGCGGACGCGCGUUAUUGUAGCGUGAUGUGAAUACUCGAUCUAGUCCGCCGCGGUAACAUCAGCCGCGAGAGCAAAAGAUUUCCUUGUGACUUCUCUGUUACCCCCGGUGUCCCCGCGUUCUCCUCGCAUCCUCGGCCAAGUGUAACCGUCUAAUUCUGCGUUAUCGUUGAUAAAUGAGAUUGUAGAUGUUUAUCUUGAGAGAUUCUCAUAUUGGACGAGUAAAAUCCUUCAGACUUUAUUCAGUUUUUCAGAAACGUUACCUUCUUUAGAUAUUCUAUAUCAGUGUUUUUUUAGGUAUAUGACUAUAGAUUUUUGUGUAUACAAAGGUGGAAAUGUUAAUGAUUACCUUUAUGUUUGAUAAAAGAUACAAUAGUUCACUAAAUAGCAAUUUCAACGAUGGAUUAUGAUUAUAUGCCCUUUCAUAGGGAGAAAGACUUCCAUAAUAGAUGCUGUGGUGGGAAGCUCUGGUGUAUCAAGGAUAUAUGUGGUAUCAUAUGUGCGGUAUUAACAUGCUUAAACAUGGCCAUUUUCCAAUCUCUAGCAUUCCUGGCCUUUGCAUCACAUUUAAGAACCAUGUUUACAGAUCCGGGUGCGGUACCAAAAGGCAAUGCAACAAAAGAGAUGAUACAACAAAUGGGAUUUAGAGAUGGACAAGUUAUUUUUAAGUGUCCGAAAUGUUGUUCUAUUAAGCCUGACAGAGCCCAUCAUUGCUCUGUUUGUCAAAGAUGCAUCAGGAAAAUGGAUCACCAUUGUCCAUGGGUUAAUAAUUGUGUAGGGGAGAAUAAUCAAAAAUAUUUUGUGCUUUUUACUUUUUAUAUAGCAGGAAUAUCAUUGCAAUCCCUAUUUCUGUGUAUACAACAAUUUACUACGUGUGUCAGACAAGAAUGGAGGGAAUGCUCCACGUUCAAUCCGCCGGCAACGGUGGUAUUAUUGUUAUUUUUGGCGUUCGAGGCACUUUUAUUUGCCGUUUUUACCGCUGUGAUGUUAGGCACGCAAUUGCAAGCCAUUUGGAAUGACGAAACUGGUAUAGAACAACUUAAAAAGGAGGAAGCUAGGUGGGUUCGUAAUAGCAGAUGGAAGUCAAUUCAAGCAGUUUUUGGAAGAUUUUCGAUAGCUUGGUUUUCUCCUUUUACUUCGCCUCCUAACGCGAAAACGAAAUUAGAUUCUUAUCUAUAUUCUGUUUAAAUUAUAUUUUGAUACAUAUAACCAUGACUUACCUAUAUACAGGAAUAUUUAAAAUAUAUAAGUACUAAUGAUGUUCGAUUAGCAUACAGGCUAAUUACAGGAAUUGAGACGGACUAUAACUCUUCCUUUAAACGAAGAGAAGUGAUAGAGAAUUUUGUAUAAGUUUUAAAAUUAUUUCAUAUACAAAGAAAGAUUUAUAUUCCAGUUUAUAAUGUUGAGAAUCUUCAAUUCUCAAGUUUAAUAUGUUAUUUUUUCAGCUUCUUGUUUACAAAAAAAUAUUUUUUGUGAUAAUA